AUGACCAACGUAGUUAGCGCGCUUCUGAAUGAAGAAAAGGAUGCGUGGCUAAAUUUGAAUGACAUCAGACAAAACGCGAAGAAGCACAACUGGAAAGAGAACCCUGGGAAGCAAAACAAUUAUAUUUUUUCGAAAGACAAUGUGAAGAUAUGCAUCAUAGGAUUGAAGGGGCUAGUGACCAUCGAUUUCCGGUUGCUAAGCGGAGUCAACUACAAACUGUGCAAGAGCAAUUUGAAGGAAGAGGAGAUAUAUGACUUAUUCUCAACGAAUAGUUUUUUUAAUUACACAAAUGAUGUACUACAGAAAACGGUUUUGUGCAACAGUUAUGAUUUAACUGUAAAGGAAAAAAUAGACCUUUUCAAUAAAAACGAUAAAUCAUUUUUGCAAGGGGUGAAAUGCAAGGACCUGUUUUCUCGCACCCGUGGAGGAUCCCAUAGUUUGGGCAGUGAAAAGGCAAAAAUGGGCACAACGAAAGUAAGAAGCAGCGCAACGAAUGGGGAGGGGCAGGUGGAUCAUAAUUCGAUAGACUUCCCUGAGGAGAAGAAAGUGCAAGUCAACCCGAUUGAAUCAACUCACAUAAAGCUUCAACCAGAGGAAGGCAAACAGUUACAAAAGGAAAAUGCACACAUUAGGAAUAGCCUUUACGAAAAUGCGUUCGAUGUUACCCCAUUAAGUAAGGCAGUUAAUAAGGCAGUUCUCUCCAAUGAGGCAGAUAAGGACAACAAAAGGGUCUUGAAAAUAUUUGGCCUUUUUAACAAACGUCCUCGUGACAAAGUCACCGAAAAUUCGAAAGGAUUUCCAAGCGAAGGAGGAGCAAAUUCACCAACUGGGAAAGAUUCACCAUGUGGAAAUGAUCAUAGUGGAGAGCACCCCAAAGUUCAGGGGAAAGAAGCGGGAGAAAUUUACCCAAAGGGGAGUGACAACCGAAAGGGGGAAAAAAACUGCAUCGAUUAUGGUGUAAAGAAAGGACGCGUAAAGGAAGAAAAAAGUUCACCUCAUCAUAUACUGUGUGACCAUACGAGAAAAAUUGAAGAGGAGGGAAAGUUAAACGUAGGUAAUUCCAAAGUGAGCACAGAACUCGAUGCUAAUAACCACGGGGCGAAUAAGACCAAGGAAAAAAAACAAAAUCUCAAUGAUAACCGUGUUAGUUACGAACAGGAGUUAACACUCUCCCUAGGGAUAGAAAACAACGUCGUUACCCCGAAUAACGAUACAUUUGGCAAAUUUAAUUCAGGAGAAAAGUCUUCCCUAUGUUAUGGUAGCACUAAGGGGAAUAGCAGAGAAUAUCUCGAAUGGUGCGACACGCUAAGUAGAAAGAGGGAAUGCUAUAUGUUAAAGUCCUUCACCAUGCAUUCUCUCAGCGAGGAAGACUUAGACAACGAAGAAUUGCAUCGAAUGAGCGCUAGCGACGAGGAAACGGCUAAUUGGUGGAGCGGGGAGGGGCACACAAAUGGGCCGGGAAAUGGUACCACAAGUGGACGACCUUUACACGCCGCCAAAACGCAUGAAACAGAUUUGGCGCCCAGUAAGAAGGAGGGGGACUGGUGUAUAACGGAACUAUCUCCCUCCCAUUCGGAUUGCCACCCCGCCGAUGAUGUGGUCGAUGGGGAGGAAUGCACAAAUGGGCACCUUCUCGAGAACGUCACUAAUGAAGGGGAGAAUCCCAUCGACUGCAACGCGGGCUACCAACCGAGCAAUCAUUGCACCCACAAAACGAACACGGUUAACAUAUACAUACAAAAUAACACGGUACAGUACUAUGGUCCGAAAUAUAGGCACAGCAGGAAGGCCAAGGCGAGGUUGGCGCGGGACGAACACGGCCUAAGUCACCUUAAAGGUUAUCGCAGUUGCGGGGAAAAAUGGAGCAACAAAUGGGGCAGAAAGUGGGACAGAAACGGGGGUAGCAAGUGUGGAAACAAGUGGGAUAACCACUGGGGCAAUUGGGAAAAUUGGGACUCCUGUCUGGACCAUCGCUGGAACAACUGCAACGCGAAAUACAAUCAUUAUAAUCAGCCUGUGAAAAAAAACCUCGUCAAUGGACACAGUUUCUCCCCCCGUAACUCCCAUCACUUGGCCGUGCGGAUAGCCGGAAAAAACAACUGUAUGGAUAAGAACAGCGCGUAUUACAGCCACAGUUGGACUAAGCGCUUCCCGAAAUAUUACACAGAAGAUCCGCGUAAGGUUUACAAUAAUGGUAGCGGCCAAAUGGUAGGCUUCCACGAAGAGGCAACCUAUAUCAAUGCAGAAGAACAUGAAAAAAAUGGCAAACCUGAUUAUCCAUUUUGGGGCGUACAAAAAAGCAAAGGUGCUCACCACUUUUAUGAUAAAAGUUCUUUUUAUAUAACGAAAAAUAGGAACAAUUAUGCACGUAGAAAAUACAAUGAAUGCAAACCAAGUGACGCGUUGCAGCCAUAUGAACCGCACAAAAAGGUAAAAGAACUUGAGAAGGAAAUAUACAAUAAGCUGACCUAUUUAAAGCACUUCAAACAUGAUGAUACCAAGUCGAUCCCCAGAUAUUACUGCACCUUCAGACAUUUGCUUGCCCCAUCCAGGACAAGAAAACGACCCCUGUGGCUACAAAAUAUGAUAGAUACGAAUAAAUGUGGAUACUGUGAUGAGCAGUUUUCCAGUUUGAAGAAUCUGGAAAAACAUUUCGUUCAUGUGAAAACACAUAGAAUAUAUUACUGCUGUGGGAAGCCCUUCUCUUCUUUGAAAUUUUUAUAUAUUCACCUCAGGCGGGAUAACCACUAUGGGUACGUUUACUAUUACUAA